GGUUUUUUCAUCAUUAAUUACUGUGAGCCAAUUAUUUCUUCAUAAAUAUGGGUACCAAACGUAAACACAUCGAGGACGAGUUAUCCCGUUUCGAAGCAGAAAUAUCUAAGCCAGCUACUCAGCCCAUGCGGAACAUGUUUGUGCCCAGUCAAGUGCGCCCUAUAAUUGCAGCAAACACUUUCCAAGUUCAGCAAAAGCUACAGCAGCACCCACAAUCAACCAUAGCUACAUGUUCUUCUACAACUACAACGUCGUCUGUGGCAACACCAUCACGAAUUUCGGUGCCGCCGCCAGUAAUUCCUCCACCCACUUUCAUGUCAACCUUUGUGCCCACACAGGCGAAUGGAAAUAGUGGUCCCUCAAAAACAGGAGCCCCAUCUUCGGCUAGUGUUACAGCUACUCCAGUUGUGGUCAGUAGUGCGCCAAAACUUUAUCAAAGUAGACAGUCUGUAAAUGUUCCUACUACACCACACAUAGACAUCAAUGCUAUACAAUUUGAUGUUACUCAGAAACUAAAAAAGCUGAAAGCAGAGAAGUCAGGUCCAAAUCCUAUAGCUGAAGAAGCAAUAAAAGCUGCUCGAGCGUCUUCGGCAUUGCAAUCAUUUCAAACAACAGAACGAAAGAAGAAAGAUCGGAAAACAAUACGCGUGGCUGGUGGAUCCGUUUGGGAGGACGCUUCAUUAGCUGACUGGCCUGAUGAUGAUUUUCGCAUAUUUUGUGGUGAUCUCGGGAAUGACGUGAAUGACGAGGUCUUAACACGUACAUUUAAUAAGUAUCCGUCUUUCCAAAGAGCACGUGUCAUUCGAGAUAAAAGAACUGGCAAAAGUAAAGGCUUUGGUUUUGUGAGUUUUCGCGAGCCGGCCGACUUUAUUCGAGCGAUGAAAGAAAUGGAUGGCCGCUAUGUAGGCAGUCGACCAAUAAAGCUGCGUAAAAGUACGUGGCGGCAGCGUAGUUUGGAUGUAGUGAAAAAGAAGGAACGCGAUAAGCAAUUGUUACUACAAUCUUUCAAUUCUUAAGCGCGGUAAAUUUGUUACGGAAAUUAAUUAAAUUUAGGAAAUGCAAAAUUGGAUCAAGGUAUAAGUUGCGUAUUUUUUGGCAAUGCUACAUAAUAAAAAAUCAGAACCAACCAAAACUAA